AUGGACCCAUUUAUCGGUCUCACUCAAACUCAAGCCAUUGAGAUGAGCUUUGAUCACCCACAAAAUCAAGCACAGCCAGAUUCGCAAACUGAACCAACAGCCCAACCCCGGACCAAGAGAAUUGCACUCCAGAAGCUGCCGCCUGCACUUGAAGCUAUACUCCCGGAAGAACGAGCAACAUACGAGCCAACAGCGCAAGAAGUUUUGAGCUUGAUGUUCUGCUGUCGGCGAAAGCGUGGUCAGUUUUCUAUGGUCUUUACUAAGUGCGGCCUGUUGAGAGCAAAAUCAGAAUGGUAUCACCUUAUUGACACCAAAGACGAAAAUGGGGACUACGUUUUCCCAUUGAUGUAUCGGAAAGGCUUUGACAAGAAAUAUCAAAAAUAG